ACAAUGUCUACUCUAUUACUAUAUACUAGCUAGACGUUGUCGUAAUUUUUCAUCUCGGUGCAGAAUAUUUUCAGCUGUUUUAAUAAUAAUUAAAGUGUUUAAAAAUAUAAAAAAACACUGAAAAAGUCUGCCCAAACUAGUGAAGUAACGAUUUUGAGUAAAAAGUUGCAUAAUUCGUAGCAGAUUUAAGGUGAAAAUCGAAUACAAAAAUUCUUUUGUGUGACCUGUACGAACGGGACUCCGUCGUUCGACCUCGCAAUCACAUACACAUUCAGCAGUUGAACCACUCACAUUACAUGCUUUGGAAGGAGUGCGUGGGGAAAUCAGUAAAAAAGAAAUAACAAAUGUGUCAUUGAACGUCUAUGAGUGGCAGGAACGUACUCUCUUAAGGAGCAGCUAACUCUCACUCAAGGAUCUUGAAUACUUGCACCCAAAACGGUGGUGUAAGAUCAAUACCAGCACCAGCACAGUAGUAACAACACAAACGAAAUACAUAUACUUUUGGACUAGCCAACUACCAUAUAAUUGUUUCUCUUCGCCUACCCCCUUUUCAAUAUAUAAAUUGGGUGAAUUUUUCCAACAGAAGAAAAAACGGAAUACUAUUCCAUAUCUUUUUACUUUAUCAUCUGUGCGUGAGUGAAGAACAGUGGAAAAUAUUUUAAUUAUCUUUUGUUGCUUUUGUUACGUUCCAAAACGAUAUUAAAGUUAAAUACGCGUUAUUUCCGUACCCUAAAAACGGUCACCAACACCUUUUGACGAUAAUCGGUGUGCUCGUUCCAGAGACUAUAUUUAUGGUGAUUUCUAAUUAAAAAUAUGAAACUCCACUAUAAGAAUACUACUCUAAGAAGGUUUUUAAAGUGAACAAAAAAGAAUUUAUAACGCAAACGACGAAAUUGUGUUGUUCUCUGUGUAUGUGUGCUAACUGUGUUGUAAAACAAAAUUCUUAAAAGCGUAUAUGGUACAAGUUAUAAAAGAAAUACAAAUAAAAAAGGUGUAAGAUUGAAAAGGGCGAACAACCAAGUGUAGAAUUCAUGGAAAAAGAUCAUGCAUAGAAAGUGGGAGGCGAAGUGGAAACAACAAUAAAAAGAAAAUAUAGCAGACAUGUUCAGAGCUAUAGCUAUUACAAAGUUUUGUAAAACCUCGCUUGGAAAUAUACCGAUGUUUUAAUGAAGAUGAAUUUAAAUCACUUUGAAAUGAUUUUAUGAUUAAAACCAACUUGAAGCAAAUAACAACCACACCGGCAUUAUUACAUUAAGCUCAAUAUACAAACUCAUAAAUUACGAAACGGAGCAAAGCAACAAAAAAAAAAAAAACUCAAAAUGGGGGAAAACGUACAAUGUCCAGUAUGCACACUCUUUCUGCAUGCUGGCAUGAAUCUAUCCGAUCAUUUAGAGACACAUCCUAAAGAGCAAGUAAUUAAGGCACUUGUACAAAUGACCAUUUCGGGGAGUGGAGGCAGUGCUGCCAGUACUGCGCUUGCGGCAUCUCUCAGUGGAGCUAGCACAGCGAAAACUGAUAAAGAUGAGAAGCCAGUCGUGGCACGGGUCGCUACAGUCGCUACAGAUUCCGAAACAGUCAACAGUACUGCAUCGGCUUUUGCAGGACAAACUGCAAUAAAUAGUCAAAACUUUGCAGCUGCAUUUAGUGGAAUAUCAGCGAUCACUAAACCGUCGACAUCAUCAUCUGCAAGUACUGUAACAAUUUCAACAACUGCUAGAACUCCCGUUGAUGUUGUGGCCGUACCCGCAAAGCCCGCAGCUGUGGUGGAAGAUAGUGCAACGGUUAAGUCGAAUGAUGUUAGUGGGAGCAAGGCGGUUAAAAUUUCACACGUAGCCUCCUUGCAGGUGGUAAGCGACGCUGGGCAAGCACAGGCUCAAGGUCAAUUUGACAAUUACACGGCGAACCGUUACCACCAAACACAUCAAAAACAAUUAGCAUCAAGUCAAUUAGAACAGCGGCAUCUUCACCAACAGACACAACAACGGCAACAGCUGCAGCAGCAAAAGCAUCAUCAUCAUCAUCAUCAGCAGCAGCAGCUGCAGCAGCAGCAGCAGCAUCAGCAGCAACAACUACAACAGAAACAAAAACAACUAUCUGUGGAUAAUGCAAGCACAAAUAUUGGACCUGCUCAGCAACGAAGCAUAUUGCCACCGCCACCCCCACCAACAAUGGCUUCGAUUCCACUGGUGGUCGGACAAGUGCAAAAUAAAUUAUUACAUCCAACGCAUACAACCACUACACUAUAUGCAAAUAAUGUUGCAUCAAAUCGCCAUGUUCAAAUGCAUCCGAUCCAGCAACAACCGCAUCAACAGCUUCAACAUCAGUAUCCUCAGCAGCAACCAACACACAAUCAGCAGCCACAGCAACAGCAACAGCAACAGCAGCAGAAUCUUAAAAUAUAUUAUUCAACAGCGUUACCCGCACCACCGCCUUCUCUGCAGCUGUUCCCAUUUCACGCAUCAGCCCAAAUGCAACAUCAAAAACCACCGCCUGCUUAUGGUACUGCGAUAAGUCAAAUUCGAUCUCAAAAUAACCAAAACAAAAGUAAACAUGUGAGUGUGGAGAAAAACCUCAUGCAUCCACAAUCGCAACAACACCAUCAGCAGCAGCAGCGUCAUCACCAGCAACAACAACAAAAUCAACAACAACAACAAAAUCAACAACAGCAACAACAACAAAAUCAACAACAGCAACAACAACAACAAAAUCAACAGCAGCCACCACAUCACCAGUCGCAGCUAACACGUCAAAUUCAACAGCGUUCCUCAAUGACAUCAGCGCAGUCACAAGCGACAAGCAAUUUGUCAACAUCGCUACUGCUACAUCAGCAUAAUCAACAGCAUACCAUUGGAAGUGUACCAAACCUGAGCGUAAAAUCUGUGAGCGGAACGAAACCAACUGAAUUGCUUCCCCCACCGCCACCACCUACACGUGCAUCAAGUAAUUUGCAACCACUCCAUCAACAAAUACCACUUUCGUUACAACAUUUUGGUAUACCAAUCAAAUCCAUCCCAACCGUACAACGCAUUACAACAACGUGCACCGACACGACCGCCUCAACAACUAAUCCAACUUGUACUCCUGCCAGUACCGCUGCAACAUCUGUAUCCUCGGCUCCAGUUAAUAUGCAAAUGACAACUGCUGUCGGUGUAAGGCAAAUAUCUUCUCCAUACAAUUCACUGCUAUUGUCGGCAACUCAAUCAACUUCAUCCAGUUCAGUACUGCGUUAUGCUGAAUCGCCGGUAGCACAUUAUUUGGAACGUGACAAUGGUGAUUUCAUAGUACAAGAGACUCCAAAACAUAUUGUUGAAUGUGUCGAGAAGGAUAAUGGCGAAUUUUCGGUGAUUGAACGUAUAUAUCAAUCGCCAUUAAGUGUAUUACAUAUACACGAAGAUGACGAAAUGGAUGAUGAUGAUGAUGAAGAGGACGAUGGUGAUGAAGAUAGUGAUAGGAAAGACAACGAUAAAAAGAAGGUUUCAACAACAGCCGAUGAACUAGCGAAAACAAAUGACAUUGUUGUACCUAUGGAUAUUGAAAGCGAUGGAGGAACCCAAUCUAAUGUAGAGGAAAAAAACGAACGGCCUCGCUCGAGUGCUGUAUCAGCUGAUGGAAAGGUACAAACAAAAGUGCAUGUGGGCAAUGAUAAGGCUGAAAUGACAAGUCCAAACAGUAGCAGCAACAAUAAUACAAACUGCGAUAAGUCCACAUCUUUAAAUAAUACGUCUAGGCGUUUAAACAACGAGACCGCCUCUGCAUCAAAUUCUCAUUCAACAAAUGUUAAUACCAGCGACUCCAAUGUACCCAGUUGCUCAACAACCAGUUCCAGUUCCAGUUCAGCGGGUUCGUCGCGCAAACGCAACUCCAAAAACACAAUAACUGUAUUGAGUGAUGUACAAUUGAAUUUGGAUGAAUAUCUGGAUUUGGUUGGAAAUAUAAUAGCAUCCAGUAAAAUAACAGAAAAAAUGAGUACAUUAUCAGGCGCAAUGCCUAUACCUUUGUUGAAAGUUGAGAAAGAAGAGCCACCUGAUGACUACGAGAUGCCCCAAAAUGAAGAGGAAGAACAACAAGAAUUUGACGAACAAAAAGAUAAGUACUUUGAAUCACCAGACAAAUUUGAUGAGUUUCACGCGCCAACCGUAAUUGAACCACCUACAAUCGCCAACAAAAAUGAGACUGAAAAUAUAGUUGAAAAUAAUUGUAGUAGCAAUAAGGUUAGAUUAAAUGACAGUGACAUUGACGAAAAGGACGCCAGCGCUGCUGUGCCUGCAACGACAUCCACCAAAGCUGCGGCAAAAUGCUCGAGUCACGUGACCAGUGUUAUACGCAUGGCUACAACUAGUCAGCAACAGCAAAAACAGCAAUCACAAAAGGAUUUGACGCAACAUGCCACGCUAGCUCCAGGGUUAACAAGAACACAAUCACAAAAUAUAUUUAACGAUGAGUCGACAGCAUCAUCACAACCACAAGUGACAUCAAUAAUUAUACAAGAUUUAUCGCGCCAGCAUAUCAUACAACUGCAGGAGGAGAAGCAUGCACAGAGCGAGCGACAGCAGCAGCAGCAACAGCAAGAACAGGAUGAUGUGCAAGACCGAAGUGGUUUCUCGCAGCAGAAGCAACAGCAACAGAAAAUAGAAGCGAGUUUGGUGGAGACGCAAGCGCCACUGACGACAUCACUGCCAGUACAAAAGAGAGGCCCAAAGAAGCUGAUUAUCAAGCCAAAAGUAACAAAGACUGAUGCAAAUGCUAACCUCAAUAACAACAACAACAACAAAAGCAACAACUUUAAUUCCAUUAAUAAUAGAGAAACGUCCCAAUUAAUUACGGAAGAAGCAAAUAGCGAACAACCUACAACAUCUACAAAAGCACAACAGGAAUUGCAAGAGAAAAUACACAAGAAACAACAACAGCAAGGAGAUCAACCCACACAUAAUGCAAUUGUACAGAAGCUGAUAAAAAGUGAACCGACGUCAUCAGCUUACGACAAUAGAAUUGGCAUGAAUGGAAAUAACUUGAGUCUCAGUAUACUGGAAAGUCAUUUAACCGCAAAUCCUGAAAAUUUUAUACCGAUUGUACAGUGCAAGACCGAAAAGGAAUCCCAACAAACAACAUCAUAUUUGCAACCAUUCAAGGAAGAAGUUAAAGAGAUUACUCAUUCCAAUGACAAUGCGGCCGCGACUGAUGACGCACAUGUUUUAUUAGACUUUGCCAAUUCAAAGAAACACGAUACGCUUAAUACCAGUGGCGCCAAUUUCCUUUCCGCCACCUCGAUAUUCUCAAACACAUCGAAAAUAGCGAAAGAUCAUCAGAAGCCAGCAGCGAGUGUGGCUAAUAUAAAUACAAAUAGCGACGAGUCACAUGCAGCAUUGCGUUGCGAAGAUGAGUUUAUUGCACACGAUGAAGUGCAAGAAAUCGUAAUUUCAUCCUCGUAUUCACAAUCGCAGUCGGCCUCCGAUAUACCCACUACUGCCACCAAUAGUACCACCGCCACCAACACUUCGCAUGCUAAAGAUCGAAAUAUUGCCCAGCAACAUCAUCAUCAACAACAACAACAACAACAGCACCAUCAGCAUCAUCACCACCAACCGCAAUUAAAUCACAAUUUCACCGAUUAUCCCUUCAGUUUUCUUUAUGGUCAUGGUGGCCCGAUCGGCGGCGCAGGCGCCGGUAAUGGUGUACAACAAACAGAUACCAAAGGUGGUAACUUCUCAGCCAUAUAUCAACAAGCAGCACAAGAUGCCACCACCGCUGCAACACUUGCUUCCGGUAGUAAUACAAUUCAUACGGACGAGUCCACCAGUUCAACUCAACAGCAACAAACCCAUACCAACCACUUUGGUGGGGUACACAGCGCUAGCGGCUGUGAAAUAGGUGCAUCACAUGCAUCGCAUUGGUAUCAUCAUGCGUUGAGUACGGCAAAUGCAGAUUUUGAUGCUGCUCUAGCUGUUGAUUGUAAUGCAGCCGUAGAUGGCGCUGAUGUCGGUAAAUACUUGGAUUUGGAUACUUGUAAACGAGAAGUUUUGGUUGGUAUGCCUGCAGCGCCAUCUUCGACUUCUUCAUCGUUCGCUGCGGUCACGGAGAGUAGCUUGGCUGGCGGUUGUACAGCGGACGCACUUAAUAUACGCACAGAUGAAAAGAUGCCGGCAAAGGGAGAGAUUUCUGGACAGGAGAGCAAUUGCGAUAUUGAAAAUUCCUGGAGUCAACCGAUGUAUGGUGAAAUUUCUGCGCGUUUCUUUAAAACAACUUUUCCUGGAAUAUUUCAACACGAAAAUGGUUGGAACCACGAUGAGUAUUUCACUGUACAGGAUCUAAGUGCUUCGGCUGCUGCAACUGGUGCGGGUCGAUCAGCCAAAAGCUUUGAUUUUCGUCUUCCUUUGGAAGCCACUACCUCAGCUGCAGCAAAUGGUGCUAGUGGUAACUUCCAGCUUUUUGCACGACAUACCGAUGCAUUACCAUCCACUUCAUCUGCUAAUAAAAUGAAGAAACGAAAGCGGGAUAGUCAUAGUGGUAAUGGCAGUAGCAUGAGCAGAGUGGAAAAAACGCCAACGUCGCGCAUUCAACCAACUGCUACAAUUACAUCACAACAGCUGUUAUUGCAUCAACCUCAACAAAAUCAAGCGCAAAAUACGCAAGAACCAUUACAACAAUCGCAACAAAGCGUAGAUUCUGCAAUUUCCGCAACAUUUUUGGCUGGCAGCACAUCAAGCGCAGCUGCUGCUGUAGCUCCCAAUGCUGACAACACUGCUUUGAUCGUAGAACAGAGACGACCACGCAAGAAAGUCUAUCAGUGCACUCAUUGCACAGCCGAAUUUUCGAAGCUUAAGGAUCGUAAUUCCCACAUGAUUUUACAACAUAAUUAUGUGCGUCAAAAUCGACGUUUGAUAUGUGUUCAACGCUCGGAUGCGGCUGCGGCUGCAUCAUCUACUACCAACGCAAUUCACAGCGGUGAUGUUGACAAUGUGGUGGUGGUGAAUAUGGCCGAUGGUUGCAGUAGUUCACUUGUGCGUUCAGAUAGCAUGGAAUUCAUUGAGGACUCUAAACAGGGUAUUGUAAAAAUUGAGGUUGAUCAUGCGUACCAUUCAUUAAGUGCUACGGCCGCGCCACCAGCAGGUAGCGGUGCAGGCAUUGAUGCCAAGCUAGAACUGAUGGACGACAAACAAAGCAUGGCAUUAGUGCCUGUAAAUGGUGCAAACGUAAAUGGUGAAGGCGAAGGCGGCACUGGCGAUGCGGUGGAUACAAAACCGCUAAUCCAACCGCUCGCGCUAACUACACCAGCCACGAAAUUGGCUGCACUCUACCGCAUGUUGGUCUCCUAUAAUAUAUCCACGCUGAAAGACAGCCAUAAUCUUAGCGAAAUGGAACAGAAACUCAUUGAACAAUCCAUAUUCUUCUGUUACGUUUGUCGACGAAACUUUACAUCGGUCAAAUUGUACGAUGCACACUUAAGCGAACAUCCUGCCGAAUGUUUUACAUGUGGCAAAACGUUUCAGCGUUGGAAGAAUUUUUCGUUACAUUUGAAACGGCACUUGGGUUGGAAAGAAUUUGGUUGUAAUGUUUGUGACAAGAAAUUUGUAGUGCGGAGCGCAUUAGUUGAGCACAUGCGUAUGCAUACUGGACAUACGCCACUGAAGUGCAAAGUAUGUGGCAAAUAUUUUAAACGCUAUUCGAAUUUGACUCAACAUCGUAAACGACACGGUAAACAGAUUAUAAGAAAAAAAGAAUAUGUUUGCCAUUGUGGUGAGGUAUUGCCAUCAAAGGCGCGUUUCCUUUGGCAUAAAGAAACCCACGACGCCAAACCCAAAUGUUGCCCAUAUUGCUGUGAUCGUUUCGUGCAUGCCAACUCCUUGCGUCGUCAUAUACGUUUAGCCCAUUCCGAUAAGUUUGACUAUGCCGAACCCGUGGAGUGUCCAUUGUGCAAGCAUACCUUUGCCAAAUCCUCAAUUAAGGCACACAUAGCAACACAUUCGAUGGAUACCCAACACGAUUGCACCAUUUGUAAUAAAUCAUUCUCGACAAAAUGGAAUUUGAAAAUUCAUUCAUGGGUGCAUGCUAAUCGCACAUCGAAACCAUUCAAAUGUGAACACUGCCCAAAAGCGUUUGUCCGUGAGGUGGAUUUCAAGAAUCACAUGAAUGCACAUAAACAAAUCAAGCCGUAUACAUGUGAGUAUUGCGGUUGUAAAUUCAUAAGGAAAUACAAUUAUAUGCGUCAUCGACGCGAACAUCAUGGCAACAAGAAGUUCACCUGUGACCUGUGUAAAAAAUCCUUCCAUCGUCAUUAUUAUCUCAUCGAACAUCGACGUAUACAUACAGGCGAACGGCCAUUCCAGUGCAGCAUAUGCGGCAAAAGUUCCACAACGAAAACCAAUCAUAAUAAACAUUUAAAAAUACAUCAUUCACGUGAUCCCUUCACGGUUGAGGCGUAAAAUGUUUUAAUGAUUUGUAAAAGAGAAUUUAGCGAAUUUUAAUACAAUUUUCGCGAAUAUCAAAUAUGGGUACUCGAAGUUGCUGAUUUAAAUAAAAAGAGUGUUGAAAGGACCAGCAUAUGCAUCGAUAGUGAUUAAUAAAGUUAAAAAUUGAUUGGUGUAUUAUGGUUAUAUGAAAGUUUUUCUCUUCAAACUCUUCGUGUAUGUGUCUGUAAUUUAAAUGAGUAUUAUAUAAAAAGUUUAUUAAAUAAAUAUUGUAUUAAGCGAUAAGUAGUCUUUAGGGUAACAAUUUGUGUGUUGAUGCUAAAAAACAGAAUGUUAAAGCAAUGCAUUAUAAAAUAUAUAAAUAUGUCUGCCAUUUUCAGUUGGAAAUCGCUUUAAUUAUUUAAGCUAAGUUACUUUUGCUUAGAAGAAGUUUUCUAUUUGAAUACCCAUUAUAUGUGUAUAUAUAUUUUUUUUUUUUUGAUACGGAAACAAGUAGAUAUUUGACAGCAAAUGUUGAUAAAUUUUUAAAAUUCAAAUAAAUCAAAAUAGUUUUCGAGCUUUUAGUUCGAAAACUACCAAUGAACUCUUCAAAUCUUAAAGCUAAUUAAAUGAAUAGGUUUUAAAAACUGACAAAAUUAUUGCUAGCAGUUUCGCUAAACGGGUCACUGAUUUGUUGCAGGGGCGAUAUGUGAUUAUUUUUUUUUUUAAUACUAUGAAAAGAGGAGUAUAAACACUAAUGUUCAAAUGAUUAUAAAAAUUCCUGCGUGAAUAAAGUUCUUAGUAAACUUAUUAUUUUUCUUUUAUUUUUAGUAUAAAAACCGUGUAUUUAAUUCAAUAUGCUUCCGAACAGUUGUUGGUUACCCAACAAAAGUUAUUUUCAUGUUUGUUCUAUUGAAAGUUAUAUAAUAUAUAUUUUUUUAACAAACAUUUCAAAUCGCAAAAUGUAUUCUACUGUUUUUGUUAAAAGUAUUUCUCCAACUUUUUCUCUAAAAGUAUAUACUUUUUCGUUGAGUUAAAGUUUUGAUUUAACUCAAAACAGUUUCUUUUCUACUAAACAUCUCGUAUUACAUAUAGAUAUAUUAUAUAUAUAUAUAUAUUUAAAUGUUUACAAAAAAUAAAGGAGACGCUGUGGUACAUAAUAGCUUUUACGCAUUUUAUCAGGUAGUUUUAUUUCAUUUUUCUUCCCUCUCUUUAUAAAGCAUAUUAGUUUCCAUCUGAAAAUGGUUUCUAACAAAUUAUAAAAUCUACAUAUGCAUGUGUUUCAUAAAUAAAAGAGGAGAUAUUAAUUAAAUAAAAAUAAAAAAAAAAAUCAUGCGCAUCAGAUUAAACAUUCUACAAAUAAUUGAGAUGAAUAGUAACUAAAUUUAGGACGUUUAUGAAAUUUUGAAAAUCCACAAAAAUUUAAUAGUAUGUAUUUUCAUAGUAGUUGAAACGAAAUAAAUAAAAAAAAUGAAUGUAUUGCAAUUAGUAUAUAUUAGAAUGGUAUACGAGUGAGGAAUUUCGAUACCACUUUUCACCAUACAUACUUUACGUUCUCUUCUCUUCAAUUAUAGAAAUGGAAUAAAUUGAAGAAAAAAAAA